AUGAUUGUUGUUACCGGUGGCGCUAGUUUCGUCGGUUCAAAUAUCGUCAAGGAGUUGAACAGCCGUGGCGUGACCAAUGUCGUGGUUGUCGAUGACAUGACCGAUGGAUCCAAGUUCCGCAAUCUCCUGAACUGCGACGUGGCUGACUACAUCGAUGCGACUGCCUUCCGUGAAGCUAUUCGGACCAAAACCUUUCCCCACCGUCCCCGCAUCAUCUUUCACUAUGGCGCAAGCUCUUCCAUCACCGAGACCAAUGGCCAGAAAAUGCUUGACGCCAACUUCACUUACUCGAAGGAGCUUUUCCACUGGUGCAAGGACAAUGGUGUUCGCUUCAUCUACGCCUCAUCCGCCGCUGUUUAUGGAAACAACACUGCCUUCACCGAGGCAAACUUCCAAGAAGCCCCUCUAAAUGUCUAUGGAUAUUCGAAGAUGCUAUUCGAUCAGUAUGUGGUCAAGAACACCACCUCGCGCUCUCCCCAAGUUGCGGGUCUCCGUCUGUUCAACGUCUAUGGACCCGGAGAACAGAACCUCGAUACAAUCCCCAGCACUGUUUACCAGUUCUACGAAAAGCGCAAGUCAUUCAAAGCGAUUGAGCUCUUCGGGGAGUACGCCGGAAUCGAAGCUGGACAGCAGAAGCGCGACUUUGUUCACGUUCAGGACGUUGCCCGCCUGAACUGUUGGUUCCUUGACCACCCGGAGAUCAGCGGCAUUUAUAACGUCGGCACUGGUGUUGCCAGCAGUUUCCACGACGUUGCCACUGAAGUCGCCAGUCACUUCGGUAAUCCGGAGGGCUACAUUAAAUUCAUUCCAUUCCCCGCCGAACUGAAGGGCAAAUACCAGAACCACACAUGCGCUGAUAUCUCGAAGCUCCGCCGGGCUGGCUCCGUGUUGCGUUUCCGUGGGAUCAAGGAAGGCGUCAAGGAUUAUCUGGAGUGGCUUGAAAGUCCUGAAGGUUUGGCCCGCUAA